AUGGGCUGGUUCAGCGCCGACAGUGACCAGGCUCAGGCCUAUGACGAAUAUCAAUCAAUGCCGCACGAGGCCAAAAUAAGCCACGAACUGAUUGCUGCCGCUGCUUCCUAUGAGGCUGCUAAGGCUUAUGAGGAUCACGUUGCUGAAAACGGCUUGCCUCCUAGCCACGAGAAGGCCAAGGAGAUUCUCGCUGCAUUGGCCGGCGCUUUCAUUGACCGUGAAGUUGAGACCAAGGGUCUUGAUUUUAUUGAUCGGGAGCGGGCCAAGAUGCACGCUGCUGAUCAACUGGCCGAAGUCUCCUCUCAGGAUUACAACUAG